AUGGACUCUUUCGGCUUUCUAUCAGUGGAGAUUGACUUCUCCGGCCUAUCUCAUGGUUCAUCAGACUACCAGGCCCUGAGCAAGCUCUGUACCAGACUCUUCUUCCACAGCUCAGAGCUUCCGUACCAGCUGUGCUCUUGUCGCAGAUCUUCGGACCUCUGCGGUACAAAGGUUGAGUUCAAAGUCGUGGUCGACAGCGAAAGCCAGCAGAAAGCUGUGAGGCUCUGCUUGCUGGAAGGCGUCGUUCCCAAGAGAAGGAAGUCCGACAAUCACAUCAGGUGCAGCCGGGCGCAGGAAAGGCGCGAUCAUCGUUUCAUCUUCGAGGCUGACCUCGCAGAUCCCUUCUUGGCUGAACAAGAAGAGCUUUUGGCAGCAGGUUUCCAGAGCUCGUGA